AUGAUGUACCUAAACGUUAUUUUCCUGAUUAUUUUACCCAUCGUUUUCACUACAAAUAACGCCGAGGAUAUUUACUCAUUAGAAACAUGUAACAUACCCGAAGAAUACACAUUGAUCAGUCAACAUGAGUUUCAACAACGUUAUAAUAAUCCCAAACAGUCUAUUACUCCAGUUGUCUUUCGUCAAGUGCCAAUUAAUAAACAAUUUCUUCAUCUAACGCAAAUUGAUUCGAUAUUAAAUCGUUAUGGUAAUAAAUAUAUCACUGUUACAACGGCAAAUACGUAUUCUUAUAAGAAACAGCAAGUCAAAUUAAACGAUUACAUUCAUUCACAACAAAAUCCAUCAUCGAAAAUCAAACGAUGGGGAAAUGAAACGCUCUAUUGGUUUGGUGAUGAUUUAUUAGAUGAUCAAUACUGGCUUACUCAAAUUCUUCGUUAUUACAAAUCGCCCUCGUAUACUGUCGAUGAUUUCGUUCAUCCAUCAGUAACAUUCGGAAUGGGCGGAAGAGGCACAGGUGUACCAUUUCAUUUCCACGGUCCUGGUUUUCAACAAAUGAUCUCCGGAAGAAAACGUUGGUACUUAUCGGUUGAAAAACCAGCAUUUGAUCCAAAUGAAACGACCAUUCAAUGGGCUAUUGAUCAGCGUUGGAAAACGAAACAACCCUUUUUGUACGAAUGCACAUUGAAUCCAGGUGAUUUGAUCUUCUUUCCUAAUCUAUGGUGGCAUGCAACACUGAAUUUAGAUUUUGCAAUAUUUCUCUCGACAUUCCUGAGUCUUUAG